AUGCCUAGCUUAACUUCAUCUGUCCGGCGCUUUAAUCGCACCAACAUCCCAGAGGAUGUCUGGCACGCUCUACGGGACAGGAACAAUGCCGCUCGCGCAAAUGUGAUCCUUCCGCACGCUGAAAAAGUUUCCAGUUGCCAAGAAUUCCUGCCCGAUUCCGAGCAGUUUUGGCUGGUCUACUCGGAGCCUACAAUUUCUAACAUCAGAUUUAUACUAUCCUGCACAGAGGGACCAUUGGGCAAAUACCCUCUUUUCAUUGUUCCCGUAGCCCCCGUUAAAUUGACCCCCGAACUCCUCCAAGGUCCCAUGGAGGCGUUCUGCGAGGCGCUCCUGAACGACGUUGACUUUAGGAGGCAGAGGGUCUUUUCUGUCUUUUCUGUUGAACCAGUCGCCAAAGCUUUCGCUAGCGCAUGGGAGAAAAUCGCAGAGAUCAAGUGCAUGGAUGAACCAUACUAUGAUGCAUUUUUUUUGAUGUGUACUCCCGAGACGUUGGUCCGCGACGGCUCUCAAGCAGCGGAUGAGGACAUCGAGCUGCGCCUUGCCGUGCCACAGGAUGCCGGCAAGAUCUCUACUUUGUGCGAAGAAUUUGCCAAGACUUCGUUUCCAUUCACUCUCUCCUCCAAACAGGCUUCUGAAGAGGCUGGGCUCUUGAUUGAAAACGGGCAAGUCUGGGUAUACGAGAUCAAAGAUGGAGGUGGAGAAACUGAUAUCGCGAGCAUCGUCGCUGCCACGCGGCAGUCAGACACUGUUGCUGCCAUCACGAAGGUCUACACACCAGAGAAGUGGCAGCGUAAAGGACGUGCCGAAAGGUUGGUUCGCCGUGUCUGCAGAGAGUUGUUGAAGACGCACGAGCAAGUUGUGCUAUAUGUUGGUGCCAAAAAAAACAGCGCUCAGAAGUUGUACAACAGAGUGGGCUUCCAGGAUCUUUGUAAAGAGACUCCUGAGCGCUGGCUUGAAAUUGGUUUUGAUAAAGCCGAAGUGGAAGUCGGUCACUGGUAG